UCGGAGUAUUAACGGUCGGUGGUUCGGAAAUCAUGUGGUUACUUUUUCGCUUCGAAUCCGGGGUGCUCCACAGUCGGAACUCGGAAUUGUUUAGUAAUGAGAUAAAUGAAAAAUAUUUCUACUGUAGUUGUUGUCAGCAUAGAAUAGAGUGUAUUAGUAUAUUACAGUAUAUUACAGUAUAUUAUAGUAUCGUAUAGUAUAUUACGGUAUAGUUCAGUAUAUUACAGCAUAUCACAGUAUAUAACCAUAUCACAGUAUAGUUCAUUAUGGGAGAAGACGGGAAACAUCACGCGGAUUACUCCAACAUCCAACCUGGUACUCUUUCCAAAGAAGAGACUCUUCAACAUGUGGUAUUAUCAUAUGAAGCAUUAGCUGCAGAUACUUCAAAUUGGGUGGCUAAUCUUUCCAACUGUUCCUCAUUACUUUGGCAUGCGUAUCAUUCUCUCUCUAUACCUGUGAAUUGGACUGGAUUCUAUGUGUUACAUACUACUAGUACUACUAGUACUACGACUAGUGAACUUAUACUUGGACCAUUUCAAGGCAAAGUAGCAUGUCAACUAAUUCAAUUUGGUAAGGGAGUGUGUGGUACUGCUGCUAGUAGUCAACUCACACAAUUAGUUCCCGAUGUAGAACAAUUCCCGGGGCAUAUUGCUUGUGAUGGAGAAACUAAAAGUGAAAUAGUUGUACCCAUAAUUAAGGAUGGUAAAACUAUCGGAGUAUUAGAUUUAGAUUGUUUAAAGUUGGAAGGAUUUGAUGAAAUAGAUAAGAAAUAUUUACAGCAAUUAGCUGAAUUAAUCGUCCAGACAUGUGACUUUCCCUUUUAGUAAUUAAUUACAUUGAUGGUUGAUGAUAUAUAUUCAAAAAAAGAAUAAGGCUUAUUUAUGUACUAACUUAACAUAUAAUAGAAUAAAAUAAAAUAGAAUAGAAUAGAACUAACAACAAGUUAUAAUAAUACUGAUACUGU